GUGUGACAGUCACAACAGCCAAUACUUCACGAUAAAUCAUGAACAACUGCGAAUACCAGCAAAUCGUCCCACAGGCUCUCCCGACAAGCACGGUCACAACGUCCCCUCAACCUCAACAUGGUCAUGACUCUGACAACACCGAGAAAUCAAAGAAACCCAGGAGGAAGUGGCAAGUUUUCCCCGGUAAGAAUCGCUUCUUCUGCGGGGGACGGAUCAUGGUGGCCCGGCAGAGCGGGGUCCUGCCCCUCACCCUGGGCCUUAUUGUCCUCACAACUGGACUAUUCUUUACAUUUGACUGUCCCUUCCUGGUGAAACACCUGACCAGCUGCAUACCUGUUAUUGGUGGAGUCCUUUUUAUAUUUGUGAUAAUUACCCUGCUCCAAACCAGCUUCACUGAUCCUGGCAUCCUACCCAGAGCAACACCAGAUGAGGCUGCUGACACUGAAAAACAGAUUGACGAUGCAGGAAACACAAGCUAUCAUCCUCCGCCGCGCACUCAGGAAGUCCUGAUCAACCAGCAGGUGGUCAAGCUCAAGUACUGCUUCACAUGUAGGAUGUUCCGGCCUCCACGCACCUCCCACUGCAGCUUGUGUGACAACUGUGUGGUUCUUCUCUGGUGCACUUGUCCUUCAGAGCGAUUCGACCAUCACUGCCCCUGGGUGGGCAACUGUGUCGGGAAACGCAACUACCGCUUCUUCUACACCUUUAUUGUGCUGCUCUCCUUCCUGACGGCGUUCAUCUUUGGAUGUGUGACCACACAUCUGGCACUGAUGGCUCAGGAUGGAAAGGGUGUGGUGUUUGCUCUGCAGGAGAGUCCAGGAAGUGCAGUAGAGCUCGUCAUAUGUUUCUUCUCAGUCUGGUCCAUCUUGGGCCUUUCAGGCUUCCAUACAUACUUAGUGGCUUCUAACCUGACCACAAAUGAAGAUAUCAAAGGCUCCUGGUCAGGGAAGAGUGGAGAAGACGUCACAAACCCAUACAGUCAUAAAAACAUCCUCAUCAACUGUUGCUCUGUGCUCUGUGGACCCAUGCCACCAAGUUUAAUCGACAGGCGAGGCUUCCUGCCUGCAGACGAAUCUGCCCAGACAGGUGGAGCGGACAUGGACGUCCCAUCUGUGGCCGUUAAAAGCGAGAUAACCAUGUGCACACGGGGACCUAAAGGUCUGCUGGACUCAGCCUUUCUCCCUCCGUUCCUGUCCACCCCGUGUCCUCGGGAGAAACAUCGGGAGAAACAUCGGGAGAAACAUCGGGAGAAACAUCAGACAGCUCCGACAGACAACAACCCUGCAGUGAACUCUGACCUCUCACUCUCUCAGCUCUCCAUGAGCUGUGAGGACCAGGGGAACACCUCUCCUUCACAUCACACCAAGACUCCGUCAAAGACAAAGUAAAGGGGCUUUCCAUGUUCCCGUCCCUGUCUCCUUUACCUCUCUGGAUGCUGCCAGCUUCUGCGCUUUGCACUGAAUAACCGACGUGUUUGAUUUUUGCAUGCUACUGUAUAAAACAGUGUAAGUCAUUGAGUGAGGGUGUAACAGUCACAAAGAUGUGUUAUUAAGUCUGAUUCAUUCACAGACAGCAGAAUGAAUGAGAGUCAACAAAGCAAAUGUGGGAAAGCAAAUGAAAUGAUGAAAUGUUUAACAUAGUGGCACUAGCAUACUCUCGCAAUAGAGCCAUACACGUCUGUCAGUGAUUCUGAUAUAAAAGAAGAAUUUAACAGCAUGUUAAAUCCAAUAAAUAAUGUGUUUCAGGUGAACAAUGCUUUGUUCAGAAGAAUCAAGCUCAACUUGGUUUCUGUCUCAAAGGGAAAGUCUGUCACAAAUAUGUAGUGCUGGGCAAUAUAUCAAUAUUUUACCAAUUUAUCAAUAUUUUACCAAUUUAUCAAUAUUAUAUCAAUAUUACAUCAAUUUAUCAACAUAUCAAUAUUUGACCAAUUUAUCAAUAUUACAUCAAUUUAUCAAUAUUAUAUCA